AAGCCUCCCGAGGUAUGUGACAUGCGCGAUGAUCCGUGAUGUUCGCGGCGUUGAGGGUAGUAAAAUCGUCCCGGUCGAAUUGACGGAAUUCGGCAAGUCAUCGACUAGGCCUGCAGGGCUUUGACACCAUCCGUGGACCGCUUUCCAACGUUGUUGCUCGUCUGUGCAUAAGGUAGGUAAUGAACCUCCGUGUCUUCCCUUCUCUGAACGUGACCUGUUUUGCUUGACGUGAGCAUGAACCACACUAGUCCAUUGCCCUCUAGCCCUGCCUUCGAUCUCGUCCGCGCACCCUCAUCUCCGACAGCCAAUAUUCAUCUCCAGGUCAACACCUCCAUCCAGACCGACGAUGAAAACACAGAGUCCGCCACUUCCAGUCCAUGUUUCCAGAGAUCAUCCGCUCCAUCGCCGUCGCCAACUCUGUCAAGCCCACCUCAACCACUACCUUCAAACCCCACAGCUUCACAAUUGGAGCCCACUCCAUCCAUCUACUCCCCCCGCCCGGACCCUCUCCCAAACUCGGCAGAUGCAACGCGAAGUACCUCCCCCGUGGGCGUUGGUCCAACCCGUCCUAACUCGCCAGCACGUUUAGUAAACGAAGACGAACCCUUUGUCCCAGAAGUACCUAGCUCGCCUGUGUUGGCUCACUCGGUACCUGUCCCGGUUCCGGUGGGUGCGAGGGUGGAUGUGCCUGGAUUGGUUCAAGACGUGGACACAGAGCCCGAGCCAGGUCAAAGCUGCGAGACCACGACGAUUACCAUACCCCCUACGGCUGGCGCGACUGAUAUCACACUCGAGGAAGAAGACUUGUCCGCCAGCCUCAUCCCCGAUGUCCUCAGCACGAGCACCAGGAAGAGCCCGCAGAAGGAGCCUGAGUCGGCGGUGGUGAUGGGCGAGGUGAAGGUGAAUGGAAGCAGGACUGCCUUGCUGGAAUUGGAGGAAGUAUUGAGUUCGGAGAAAGGAAAUCUGAGAGGAAAGGUAGAGAUGUCAGAGGCAAGAGUGAUGAAGGUACAAGGACAGGACACUCGUCCAAGCCACCAUUGA